AGUAAUUGAAUUGAAAUCUGAACUCACCCAAUGAGUAAUUGUUCUGUGGUAAGUGAGAACAUUGACCUGUAUUGAGGUUAAAUUUGUUCGUAUACGAAAUUUCGAAUUUUAAGAAGUUUUCAUUAAUAAUUGUUGUUUCCAAAAUGAGUUCGGGAAAGAUUGUGAAACCCAAAAGCAAGUAUUAUAUGAAACCCCUCCGAAAAAGAAAUAGCAACAUUGAUAUCAACUACAAAGGUUUUUUAUGCAGUUGUAAUAAUAGAGAAAAAGAUUGCAUUAGAGAAUCUUACCAAAUUCUCAAUAAAGCUGCCGACGAACUAUAUAAAGAAGAACCUACUGAAACUAAGGAUGAAGAAGUCGAUAUAUCUGAUGAAAUAUCGAAAGAAAUCGAUAGCUUAAAGUCUGACAAUGCCAAUCAGAAAUUCAAAUUCAAUGUAUGUGAUUCUGGAGCAAAAAAUUUGAUAUUUAUUCGUACUACCAUGGAAGAUCCAGUAAAGAUAUCACAACACAUAGUAGAAAACAUCUUUCAAACAAAACAGCAACAGACAAGGUUUCUCAUCAGACUUGUUCCAGUGGAAGUUACAUGUAAGGCACAUGUCAAGGAUAUUGAGAAAGCUUUUCAACCAUUAGCCGAAAAAUACUUCCAAAAUGAAGGAAAGACCUUUUCUAUAAUUUACAAUCACAGGAAUAAUAAUUCCCUAUCAAGAGAUGAUGUUAUAAAAACAGUAGCGGAGAAAGUUUUAUCUUUGAACAAGGAUAAUAAAGUAAAUCUGAAAGAUGCAGAAGUGUCCAUAAUAAUAGAAGUUAUUAGAGCAUUUGCAUUUAUAGGUGUUGUUCCACAUUUCAUUAAAUAUAAGAAGUAUAAUCUACUAGCUUUAAGUGAUAAUGUAGAUAGAGUAAAUGAAGAAAACACAGAUAUUCUGAAUGACAGUGAAUCUGUUAAAGAAGAGGUUGCAGAGACUCUAAAUGAGGGUGAAGCUGUUAAAGAAGAGGAAAUAGAGUCUUUGAAUGAGAGUGUACCUGUUCAAGAAGUAGUAGUAGAGGCAGCAUAAUAGGGGAUGAGUUAAGAAGUUGACGUCUAUAAUAAAUCUUUAAUUUUGUUGAGAAUAUGGAUUUGUUUUUCAUAUUAAAAGAUGAUUGAAUAAAAAUUUUUUUCACCUUGAAAA